AUGCAAUCUGCUCUGCACUUGGUCCAGCGCCGUCGGGGUCGACGCGUGUGGCGUGAUGACGGCUUUGCCCGCCUGGUGAGCUCCGACGUGGAGGAGACCUUCUUCCGCUCCGAGACGCAACCGGUGCUCCAUGCGCCGCUGGAUCCGAAGUUGGCCCAUGCGCACCUUGAAAUCGCUGCCUUCGCCAAGAACGUUUCGAUGCUCGACAGCUUGGCCGAAGAUUUGGUCAAGGCGUUGGAUGAUCUUGAGACAGCUGCGCAUCAAGUGCGCUUGUCCCAGCGAGGUCAAUCCCUGCUUCAGAUUUGUGCGCACUUCCUGACUGGCCGACCCAUGGGAUCCAGCGUCUUGGAGCAGCCCUUGCUGCGCCCGGCGCCAACGCCUGCGACGACGCCCAAGACGCAGAAUGUCCUGGAACUGCGGAGGAAAUUCCAAGGCCUGCUGAAUGACUCCCUUGGCUACGCCCAGCAGCACCCCAACGAAGAAGGUGUGGCGCUCUUCAACCAACGCAUCACCAUGGCGCUGACGAUCAUCUCCGAUGCGGCGGAGGCGAACAAAGUCAUCGCUGCCGUGAAGGAGAUCCGGCGCUUGUUUCCCUUUGAAGUGGACCCGUUGGAGGACAUGCCCUUUUUGGCGGUGUACAUGUGCUCCUUGAGAAUCCGCUGGUCCUACUUCUUUCUGCCGCUUGGAAAGAUUGUAAAGGAAUUGGAAGAGUGGAAUGCUUAG